UCAAUGAGCCAACCCAACUAUAAAUUAAACAAAAAAAUUCAUGAAUUUGGUUUAAAUUCUGCAAUUUUGUUUAUAUGGUCUUAACAUGUUUAGGUAUUGUUGCAUCUUUCUUGCUGUCCACUGUGUUUUAGGUGGUAAUUUGGUUGAGGUGCUCCAAGCUAAUAACAAUUCAAGACUGAUCCAAUAUGCGACAGCAUGUGGAUUAGCUGAUACCAUAUUAGGAGGAACAUACACAAUCUUUGCACCCACAGAUGCAGCAUUUGAUGCACUCGGAACUGAAAAAGAACUUCUUUCUGAUAAAACUGUUCUUACCACUAUAUUGCUGUAUCACCUUACAAAUGGAGUUAUAAGGAGGUCAGAUGCGCAGAAUGAGCUAAAAGUAGAAUCGGUUGCAGGACUUAAAGUCAGAUUUAAUAUUUAUUAUAACAAAGCAUUUUUAAUUGAGGGUGCCAAAAUUUCAAAAUUUGACCUGAAUGCUACGAAUGGAAUCGUUCAUGUCAUUGACAAGGUAAUGGUACCACCUACCGGAGGAAUUGUCGAUCUCGUAUCAGGGAACAACGAUCUAAGCAUAUUUAUGGCAUUAUGCAAACGAGCAAAUAUUACAGGAGUUCUUCAAAGUGAUCCGUUAACAGUAUUUGCACCAACAAAUGCUGCAUUUGACAAAUUAUCUCAAAGAAUUUCAACGCGAAUACAUGAUGAUUUGACUAUACUUAAAGAGCUUUUAGAAUUUCAUUUGGUACCACACACAGAAUAUUCACCUGGCUUAUUUAACAGAGAACAGAUCAGAACGUUGGAUUUAAAGAGUGAACUCCUUAAGCUUAGUGUUUCAGGAUUAAGAGGUCUUAACAUGUUUAGGUAUUGUUGUAUCUUUCUUGCUGUCCAUUGUGUUUUAGGUGGUAAUUUGAUUGAGGUUCUCCAAGCUAAUGGCGAGUCUAGACUGAUUAAAUAUGCGACAGCCUGUGGAUUAGCUGAUACAAUAUUAGGAGGAACAUUCACAAUUUUUGCACCCACAAAUGCUGCAUUUGACGCCAUUGGUACAGAACAAGAACUUCUUUCCGAUAAAACUGUUCUUACCACAAUAUUAUUGUAUCACUUGACAAAUGGAGUUAUAAGGAGCACAGAUGCGAAGAAUGAGCUAACAGUAGAAUCAGUUGCUGGACUGAAAAUCAGAUUUAAUAUUUACCCGCAUAAUAAAGCAGUUACAGUUGAGGGUGCCAAAAUUUCAAAGUUUGACCUGAAUGCUUCGAAUGGAAUCGUCCAUGUUAUUGACAAAGUGUUGAUACCACCUACCGGAGAAAUUGUCGACCUCGUUUCAGGGAACAAAGAUUUAGGGACAUUAUUGUCGUUAGUGCAGAAGGCAAAUAUUACAGGGAUUAUUCAACGUGAUCCUUUAACAGUAUUUGCACCAACUAAUGCUGCAUUUUCAAGAUUACCUGCAAAUGUUCUAAGUAGAUUAAAUAGUGAUACAGGUCUUCUUAAAGAGGUUUUAGAAUAUCAUUUAGUACCACAUACAGCAUAUUCUCCUGGUUUAUAUAACAGAGAAUACAUCAGAACGUUAGAUUCACAGAAGGACGUCAUUCGUCUAAGUGUGUCAGGAAAAGCAGUGUCAGUAAACUCAUAUGGGCGCGUUAUAAAAGCUGAUAUUCCAGCUACAAAUGGUGUUGUUCAUUUAAUUGACCAUGUUCUCAUCCCAAUCCGAUAUUGGCUUUCGUUUGGCUUUGGAAAAUAAUAAUUGACAAUAGUGUGCCUGUUACACUAUCAUCUGUACAUAUGUUGAUAUGUUUUAUUUAUGCAAAUAAUUCUAUUUAUACUUACGUGUACAAUGUAUGCAAUAUCGUCAUUAUCAUGAUUAUGUCAUAAUAAAAUUCAAAUAAAAUAUGUA